UGCAUGCGCACACUUCCACCCUAGGAUAGAGCGUUUGGGGCUCUCUCCUGGCGUGGACACUCUUGGUUGCAUUCCAGCCUUCAACGUGCGUGCGGUUCUUUUUAGGAGCCUGUCUUUUGUUGGGAUUGGGAUACGGGGAGGAGGAGGUCCUCUCUCAAAGAUUGUAUUAGUGACGGGAGCAGAGGAUUGUUCCCCAUCAUCAAAUGUGACUGCAUCUCGGUGGAAGAGCGGGGAGGGAGAAGAUGUAAGCAGCGGCAGUGCGCGUCUUGCCGGAGCUGCAACAUGCAGAAGGGCAUGCGGCUCAAUGAUGGCCAUGUCACCUAUCUGGCACUGCUGGCCAAGAAGGAUGGAACCAGGCGUGGAUGCUUGAGCAAGAAGAGCUCAGACAACACCAAAUGGCACUCAAAGUGGUUCUGCUUGCUGCAGAACAUGCUCUUCUAUUUUGAAAACGACUCCAGCUCGCGCCCCUCUGGACUCUACUUGCUGGAGGGCUGCGUUUGCGACAGAGCACCCUCGCCUAAACCCCCUGUCUCUGCCAAGGAAUGCUUGGAGAAGCAGUAUUACUUCACUGUCACGUUCAAUCACGACAACCAGAAAGCUUUAGAGCUGCGCACAGAAGAUGUCAAGGACUGUGACGAGUGGGUUGCCGCCAUCACACAAGCCAGUUACAGGAACUUGGCUACAGAGCAUGAGACUCUCAUGCAGAAGUAUCUCCAUCUACUACAAAUAGUGGAGACGGAGAAAACGGUUGCCAAGCAACUUCGACAACAGAUCGAGGAUGGGGAAAUUGAGAUAGAGCGGCUAAAAUCAGAGAUUGCAGGGCUGCUGAAGGACAAUGAGAAGAUCCAGUCCAAUCCAGAAGUACCGCCCAGUGAUGAUGACACAGAAAUCAAGAAAAUAAAAAAGGUCCAAAGUUUCCUACGAGGCUGGAUUUGCCGCAGGAAGUGGAAAACCAUCAUCCAAGAUUACAUCCGUUCACCCCAUGCAGAAAGCAUGAGGAAGAGGAACCAGGUGGUGUUUAGCAUGCUGGAGGCCGAAGCGGAAUACGUCCAGCAACUGCACAUCCUGGUCAACAACUUUCUGCGGCCUCUACGCAUGGCCGCCAGCUCCAAAAAGCCACCCAUCACCCACGAUGAUGUCAGCAGCAUCUUCCUCAACAGCGAGACUAUCAUGUUCCUCCACCAAAUCUUUUACCAGGGCCUGAAGGCCAGGAUAGCCAGCUGGCCAACCCUGGUGCUGGCUGACCUAUUUGACAUUUUGCUGCCCAUGUUAAACAUCUACCAAGAAUUUGUGCGGAACCACCAGUACAGCCUGCAAAUCUUGGCCCACUGCAAACAGAACCGAGACUUUGACAAGCUGCUGAAGCAGUACGAGGCCAAGCCUGAUUGCGAAGAAAGGACGCUGGAGACAUUCCUCACUUACCCCAUGUUUCAGAUCCCUCGUUAUAUCCUGACCCUUCACGAAUUACUGGCUCACACUCCUCAUGAGCAUGUGGAGAGAAAUAGCUUGGAUUACGCCAAAUCGAAACUCGAAGAACUUUCGAGAAUAAUGCACGAUGAGGUGAGUGAGACAGAGAACAUCAGAAAAAAUCUGGCUAUUGAGCGAAUGAUUGUCGAGGGCUGUGAAGUGCUGCUGGACACCAGCCAGACAUUUGUAAGACAAGGUUCUCUGAUACAGGUGCCAAUGAGCGAGAAGGGCAAGAUCACCAGAGGCCGUCUGGGUUCUUUGUCUCUGAAGAAGGAAGGCGAGCGCCAGUGCUUCCUCUUUUCCAAACAUCUCAUCAUCUGCACUCGAGGCUCGGGGGGGAAACUGCAUAUCACAAAGAAUGGUGUAGUGUCUCUCAUUGACUGCACACUGAUGGAAGAGACUGAGGGUGUCGAUGAUGAGCCCAAAGUGGAGCGUAGUGGUCAGGACACCGAGCACCUGGACUUUAAAGUGAUCGUGGAGCCAAAAGAUGGGCAGCCGUACACGGUCAUCCUGGUGGCUUCAUCCCGACAAGAGAAGUCUGCGUGGACAAGCGAUAUCAGCCAGUGCAUUGACAACAUCCGCUGCAAUGGUCUGAUGAUGAAUGCAUUUGAGGAAAACAGUAAAGUCACUGUGCCGCAGAUGAUUAAAUCCGACACCAGCUUAUACUGCGACGAUGUCGACAUCCGCUUCAGCAAGAUGAUGAACUCCUGCAAGGUGCUCCAGAUCCGCUACGCUAGCGUGGAGCGCUUGCUUGAACGGCUGACCGACUUGCGCUUCCUCUCCAUUGACUUCUUGAACACCUUCCUCCACUCUUACCGGGUAUUCACGAGUGCGACGGUCGUGCUGGACAAAUUAAUCACCAUCUACAAGAAGCCAAUCAGCGCCAUCCCUGCACGUGCUUUAGAGCUGUUCUUCGCCAGCAGCCAGAACAACAAACUCCUCUACGGCGAGCCGCCCACGUCGCCACGUGCCAGUCGCAAGUUCUCCUCCCCUCCUCCGCUCUCCAUCACCAAGACGUCGUCGCCCAAUCGCCGCCGCAAGCUCUCACUCAACAUUCCGAUCAUUACGGGGGGCAAAGCUCUGGACCUGGCUGCACUCAGUUGUUCCCCCAAUGGCUAUGCAAGCAUGCACACCGCCAUGUCCCCCUUCAGUAAGACCACCCUGGACAUCAACAAGCUGUAUGUGUCCAGCACCAUGGCCAGCAAGAUCCCAGAUGACGGGGAAGCCAAAGCAGAGACUAAGGCUGAUGAAACUGUCGCCAACAAGCAAGAUCUGUCAGUGAGAGAAGAAUGUGACAAAGAGCCAAGUCAGAGCGACGAGGCUGAAGUAGAGAUGUCUCCUCCAAAGUCGCCAUCGACACCCAAGAACGUCAAGUCGAAAAACAGUGAUUUCUCGCUGUUCUCCUUCAACAAUAGCAUGGUGGUGUCAUCUUGCCGAGAGAUGGACAAUAGCCGCAGUGCCCUUUCAGCGGCCUCGGCCUUCGCCAUUGCCACAGCUGGCGCCAACGAGGGCACCCCAACCAAGGAGAAAUACCGCCGCAUGUCCCUCGCUAGCACAGGCUUUCCUACUGAUCAGAGGAAUGGCGACAAAGAGUUUGUCAUCAGAAGAGCCGCCACAAACCGAGUGCUGAAUGUUCUGCGCCACUGGGUUUCCAAACACUCCCAGGACUUUGAGCUAAACUCAGAACUGAAACUGAGGGUGAUUGGCUUUCUUGAAGAGGUGAUGCAUGACCCAGAGCUCCUGACGCAGGAGAGAAAGGCUGCGGCUAACAUUAUCAGGACUCUCACACAGGAGGACCCUGGAGACAACCAGCUCACCCUGGAGGAAAUUGCUCACAUGGUGAGAGGAAACUGCCGUUAUUGCAUGGUUUGGGCUUGCGUUUGUAUUAUUGAAUGUUUGUUUGAGGCGAUGGAGGAAUGCAGGAAUGAGCCGUUUGAGAACCACUCUGCCUUGGAGAUAGCUGAGCAGCUCACUUUGCUAGAUCACCUGGUCUUCAAGGUGAUACCGUAUGAGGAGUUCUUUGGUCAAGGCUGGAUGAAAAAUGACAAGAACGACAGAACUCCAUACAUCAUGAAGACGACCAAGCAUUUCAACGACAUCAGCAACAAGAUCGCCACAGAGAUCUUGCAAUGGGAUGACGUCAACAUGCGUGUCACGGUCAUUGAGAAGUGGGUGGCGGCGGCCGACAUCUGCCGCUGCCUCCACAACUAUAACGCCGUGCUGGAGAUAACAUCUUCGCUCAACCGCAGUUCCAUCUUCCGCCUCAAGAAGACCUGGCUUAAAGUCUCCAAGCAGACUAAGACUGUGGUUGACAAGUUACAGAAGUUAGUGUCGUCUGAAGGUCGCUUCAAGAACCUAAGAGAAGCUCUGAAGAAUUGUGAUCCCCCCUGUGUUCCCUACCUGGGCAUGUACCUCACUGACCUGGCCUUCAUUGAGGAGGGAACGCCCAACUACACCGAGGACAACCUGGUUAACUUUUCCAAAAUGAGAAUGAUAUCCCACAUAAUCCGGGAGAUUCGUCAGUUCCAGCAAACGGCUUACAAGAUCGACUCUCAACCAAAGGUGGCCAGGUACUUGUUGGACAACAGCUCCGUGCUGGACGAGGAGAGUCUGUACGAAGCAUCGCUCAGAAUCGAACCCAAAACAUCAUCAUGAAGCGGCUGGCUUAAUUUCCGUAUGAUGUGUACAGCAUCAUUAUGUCUUGUUUGAAUGUGCAUACACUGUUAUUUGUAUUAGACUUCAUAGGCUGUGCCCUUCUUCUACAUUGUCCUCUAAGACUUGGGUCAAUUGGAGACUGAAUCCCACCAAGGUUUUAUCUAUAUAGUUUACAGGGUAUAUGCUUUUUUUGGUGUUAAAACAUACUUGUAUGAUUAUUUUCCAUCUGAGAUGAGAGAGUAUCACAUAUUUUAAAGGGAAUGUGCAUUAUAUAAAAAGCCUCUCAAUGCAGAGAGUGCAUUUCAACACUAACUUCCACAAAUAUUUAGACCGUGUAAGCAUGGAGUCGGUCGCCUUUAAAGUCCCUGUGUGAAUGUUUUGCCUUAAAAGUACAGCGGCCUUUAGUGUCCUGAAGUGUUCAUUAAACACUUACUACUAUACUGUACUAUAUACUAAUUUGGUAAUUGCAUGAUCCUUAAUUUAGAGUUAAUUUCAAUUUAGCACAGACACGUCAGAGACACAACCUCAAACACUGACCUCCACUCUAAAAGACACAGUUGCCCAAUUACUAACCAGCUAUAGUCUACUUGAAUAUUGUAUUUUCUCGGAUAGUGCCUACUUUACUCUCCUACUUACAAAAAAUGAAUGCCUCUCCCUAAAUAAAUGCUUCCCAUUUACCAUUAAGGACAAAAGUUAUUACAUCUGUUACUACUUCAGUUCUUUUUCCACACCGUUUAAACACUUUUGCUAACCAAAACAGCAGCACCUAUGGAGCCACAUAAACAAUAUAUGUGUGGAGUCAUUACACAUGUUGUGAAGGAGUUACUUUGGUAGUAUUAAAUAUCUGUAUUAAUGCUCCAUUGCACUUGACAAUGUGGUCGCCCCAUAAUGUUGUGUAUGUGUGUGUGUGCGUGUGCGCGCGUGUGUGUGUGUGCGUGUGCGUGUGCGUGUGUGUGUGUGUGUGUGUGUGUGCGUGUGUGUGUGUGUGUGUGCGUGUGCGUGUGUGUGUGUGGCCACAAACCAUGGUGGUUAUGUCCCAGGGAGAUGUGGGCCUUAAUAGUUCUGCCCAGUCUACUUCUGUUUUGGCCAUUCUUUCUGCAUUUACACUUAAUAGUUGUUUUUUUUUUAAAAUCGAUUAUGGCUCUCAAUUGUUUCCGGGCGUAGCUGCGUUAAAUAAAUACCCGCAAUGUAGGAAUUAUUAAAUAUAAAUCAAAUAUUUUCAUAAAUACAGCAUAGAAACACGUUUAUGACCUUCUAAAUGUGUUUUACCAUUAAAAGAGCCCCCUGGACACAGAAUAAUACCAUUUAGUAAGAGUGUCAAGAAAAUUGAUUGCAGUUCUCAUUUGGAACGAUUCUUAAUUGAUUAAAAAAUAUAUUUUUAUUUUAUCUUUUAUCUUUUUUUUUUUGAAUCUAUCCUGUCUAGCCACUCAGGAAAAUCAUAUUGUUAAUGUAGAUGCCCGUAUCCACUGUCCAGAUUUACUUUAGAAGAGGAAGUGUGGAAUACUUCUCUAGUUGCCUUAUUUGUAAUUGACUUACUUAAACGUUUGGGUAGCAUUUUGUUAAACAAAACCAAUUUUCUUUUAAGUAGAAUGUAGAAUGGUAUCAUAGCAGUGUAUCUAUUUUAUGGAGGAGCGUAGUUAAUCCUUGAACUGGCACCCAAUGUAAACAAAAAGUAUUGAUUUUAAAUCGAGAAUCGAUUCUGAAACAAAAAGUAUUGAUUUUGAAUCGAGAAUCGAUUCUGAAUCAAAUCGUUACCCCCAAGAAUCAAAUUGAAUCGUGUGGCGCCCAAAGAUGCACAACCCUACCAUUUAGUCACCUUUACAGUCUUUUAAGCCAAUAUAAUAAUGCUGCCUGAGGCUGAGCCAAUCAGUAGCCACGAUACUCAACAGCAUGCUCGGAUAUGUUUGGUCUCCUCUCUCUAGUCGCCAAUACUACUGUAGUAUUGAUAUUUUUAUUUAGCCAUUGUUAUGCUUGAAAAGACCUAAUUUAGGACAUCUUAAAUAGUUAUAUUAAGUAUUAUUAAGUGUGUAUAUAUAUAUAUAUAUAUAUAUAUACAAACAUUUGUAUGUAUGUAUAUAUAUAUAUAUAUAUAUAUAUAUAUAUAUAUAUGUGUAUAUGUAUAUAUAUAUAUAUAUAUAUAUAUAUAUAUAUAUAUGUAUAUGUAUGUAUAUAUAUAUAUAUAUGUAUAUGUAUAUAUAUAUAUAUAUACACACACACACAGUGGGGCAAAAAAGUAUUUAGUCAGCCACCGAUUGUGCAAGUUCUCCCACUUAAAAUGAUAACAGAGGUCUGUAAUUUUCAUCAUAGGUACACUUCAACUGUGAGAGACAGAAUGUGAAAAAAAAAAUCCCGGAAUUCAAAUUGUAGGAAUUUCAAAGAAUUUAUUUGUAAAUUAUGGUGGAAAAUAAGUAUUUGGUCAACCAUUCAAAGCUCUCAUUGAUGGAAGGAGGUUUUGGCUCAAAAUCUCACGAUACAUGGCCCCAUUCAUUCUUUCCUUAACACCGAUCAAUCGUCCUGUCCCCUUAGCAGAAAAACAGCCCCAAAGCAUGAUGUUUCCACCCCCAUGCUUCACAGUAGGUUUGGUGUUCUUGGGAUGCAACUCAGUAUUCUUCUUCCUCCAAACACGACGAGUUGAAUUUAUUUCAAAAUGUAUACAUGGAUGAUACAGCAGAGGAUUCGGAGAAUGUCAUGUGGUCAGAUGAAACCAAAAUAGAACUUUUUGGUAUAAACUCAACUCGUCGUGUUUG